UAAACAUGGCGUACCAGCUUGAUUUUCUGCGACAAAGAGAUCGCUAUGAAGAGUUGAUGAGAAGACUAGCUCCCGAACGUCCCGUAAUAGUGGAGAGAGGGGACCCGUUUCACAUCUAUAACGAUUUUGAAUUUGUCAAGCGAUAUCGCCUAUCAAAACGCACGACUUUACUCGUUAUCGAUGAUAUCGCAGACAACCUCAGAAGGCUUCGAUCGGAUGGAAUACCCGUUCACAUUCAGCUACUUACUGUAUUGAGAUUUUAUGCUGUGGGAUCGUUCCAGCUCCUGCAUGGUGAUGAAAUAGGUCUAUCACAACCUACAUUGUCAAAACUCAUAGCAGAUGUCUCUUCUCAGCUAGCAGCCUGGCGUGGGAGAUACAUUCAUUUCCCAGACCAACUUCAUGGCAUUCAACAGGCAUUCUACGACUACUCAAACUUCCCUGGAGUCAUCGGGGCAAUUGAUUGCACACAUGUUCCCAUUCAAAAUCCUGGUGGAGAGUUUGGUCAAACAUUCAUAAAUCGCAAGAGCAGGUCAUCGAUUAAUGUUCAGGCAGUCUGUUCAUUUGACGGCACUUUGACGAACAUCGUUGCUCGCUGGCCAGGUGGAACGCAUGAUUCCAGGAUAUUCAGAGAAUCAGCGCUGAAACAAAGGCUUGAACAAGAAAGUCAUGAGCCCAGGUGGCUCCUCGGUGACAGUGGAUAUGCCUCUCAGCCAUUCCUCAUGACACCUCUUCUACAUCCCGGAACGGCAUCAGAAGAGCGUUAUAACAGAGCACAUAAAAGAGGUCGCAAUGUGAUUGAAAGAACAUUUGGCAGAAUGAAGCGAAGGUUUCCCUGCCUAAAUGGUUUACGUUUGAAGUUGCAAACAACACUUACAGUAAUUGUUGCAGUUGCAGUACUGUGGAAUAUUUCUAUUCAGCACGGUGACCCAGAAGUGGAUGGAGAAGUGCUGCCUGAAAUUCCUGGUGACCAUUUGCCUCCCCCUGGUGCUAACAACUUAGAAGGUCAAUUGAGAAGGCAAAAUCUGAUAAGAGAGCAUUUUGCAUGAUUGAGAGAAAACUCAUCUGAUGACAGUACCCACUAUGUACUGUUUCAGAAGCUCAAUUCACUCUGCAAUACGUUCACCAUCCCUUUAUUCGCUUUCAUCGAUUAAAACAUAUUGGGUGGUGUUCUACUAUUUUAUAGUUCCUCUAAAUAUGAGGGAUGUUCCAUGAAGCUGCUCUUAAGAUUUAACUUUGGGUAUGAACAACUUCAAGAAUGUCUAAAGGUGUUGAAACAUAAAUGAUAUUUUCAAAAAUGUUCUGUUAGAAAUUGUAACCAACUUCCAUUGCAAUUCUGAUCAUUCAAAAAA